AUGAAGUUGCUCGAUUUCCCGCCCGAGAUCUUCAAGCACGUUAUCCACUGCCUCGUAAGCGAUGCUGGCGUGGCAGGAUCCUGGAAGCUGCGUGGCGUCUGUCGUACGUUCGAUCAAGAGAUCAGCGAAAAUGUACUAGCUAUACAACCCAAAGAGGCUUUCGACGAUGAUCGAGAUCGCCAUCUUCUUCUCCGCCCAGGAAACCUGAAGUACUACAUCGCAUAUCACGUAAAGAACCCGCGCGAUGUCUUUCCAGAACUGCCUGCGAAGAUACAGCAAAUGCUAGACUAA